AUGGAGGCCUUCUAUCAAUGGGAGUCGGGAGAAGCCGUUGGAAAAAUAGAGGUGAAGGAGAUCGGAAAGUCCAGAAUCGAGAUCUAUUCCCAGGUCUUACUCGAGGUCAUUCGAAGCGUUGUCUCCUACUACCCGGGACAGAAUCUGGCUGGCGAUGUAGUUACAAUUCACCAGCAAUACCCAGUGCUGAUUUAUCAUCGCCAUGAACUGCGGGCUCUCCAGGCAACAGAAGAACCACUGGAGGCUGUCAGGUCCAAGCAUAUCCGGCUUCUUUUCGAAUUUCUAGACCCCUUCAUCGAUCGAGUCAUCGUGCCGGAAGAACGACGAUACAAGAAAUCGGUUCCUGCCGCUACAUUCGACAAUCUGUGGCUGUUGCUCAAGUCAGGCACAUUCGUUUACGAGACCUACAAAGAAAAGCCAAUGUGCAAAGAUGGGAAUGUCGCUGGGGAGAACCCAUCAGCAGCACCAGGGCCAAUUCCUCAAUGGGAUAGUUUCGACAACAUCACCCCCAAUCAAUUCGAGAACCUCACAGAGGAUCAUUAUGUUCUUGCAAGUCCCGUUAUGGCGGCCUUUGGAUUGAAAGAUAAAACAUGGGGUGUAUUUGAAGUUGAGUGUUUUCAGGAAAUUCAGGGGCAGGAGUUGCAGAAGCCUGUCCUUCCACAGGGUGACAUCGAAGUAAUCGAAGCCCUUGCCUAUCGUCAAGAGAACAUGCAAAAAGCAUGGAGGCCUGACUUUAUCCAAGACAAGGAUGAAGGCCAGAUAACAUUGUUACAUGGGCCUCCAGGAGUAGGCAAGACUUAUACCGUCGAUAAGGCCGACUUCCUCGGCCGCCAACCUCUGCUCUCGCUUGCCAUUGCGGACAUCGGAACGGAGGAGCACAGUAUCGAGGGAGAGCUGAUGAAAUGGUUCUAUUUUGCCGAAACAUGGAACGCAAUUCUUCUGAUCGAUGAAGCGGAUAUUUUCCUGGAGCGGAAAAGCAACUAUUAUCUGGCACGAAAUGGCAUAGUUUCAGUGUUCCUGCGACAGAUGGAAUACUUUCGGGGAAUCUGUUUUCUCACCAAGAACCGGGUGGAACAUAUCGAUGACGCGUUUCUCUCCCGGGUCCACGUUGUUCUGGAGUACAAGAGCCUGGAUGGCGAGAUGAGCAAUCGAAUUUGGGAGGCAUUCUUCGUCAAGCUUCUACACGACAUGAAAGGCAAGUUCAUCAUUCAUUCACAGGCGAAGCGCUUUAUUCUGGACCGAAAAGAAGGAAGUGAAGUGCAAUGGAGUGGUCGCGAAAUUCGCAACACAUUGCAGACAGCGGUCGCCCUUGCAGAAUACGAAGCUAGCAAGGAGGGGGCAUACUCUGAUGAGAAUCCGGUCAUUGUGGUGACGGAGCAUUUCAAGCAAGUGAUGCAGAUGAGCCGCGCAUUCUGCAACCACAUGACCAGUGUUCACGCCGGCACGGAAUUAAAACGCGCUCAGUUGAAUCGGGAUCGCAACGAUAGCUUCCAUGAUCGUUCAUAG